CCCAUAUUUAAGAAUAAAAAAAACAAUAAUUAUGAAAUGGUAUAAAAACGAAAAGAAAUUUUAAAAUGAAUACAGUUUAACAAGUUUUAGUAAACCUGCAAUAACAAAAAUGUUCAAAUUCUUCCUUCUCGCCGCCUUGAUCGCCUGCGCUGCCGCAGUUGAUUCCGAUGAUGUCCAUGCUGAAGCCACCCUCUUGAAAUCCGAUGUUAGAGCCGAUGGUUUCGAUUCCGUUUUGGAAACCACCAACCACAUCCAUCAAGCCGCCUCCGGUGAUGAACAUGGCAACAUUCAUGGUGAUUUCAACUGGAUUUCUCCUGAAGGUGAACAUGUUGAUAUCAAAUAUGUUGCUGAUGAACACGGUUACCAACCCGUCGGUGCUGUUUUGCCCACUCCUCAUCCCAUCCCAGAAGCUAUCUUGAAGGCUAUUGCCUACAUCCAAGCUCAUCCCCAAAAGGAAGAAUACCAUCAUUAAAUUUUGUUAAAAACUAAAAUAAAACGUUGGUUAAACUGACAAUAAAAAGCAUUUGAGUAAAAUCAAACACAAAACUUGAA